GAGAGAUUGAAAGAAAGGGUGGAUGUGAAAGCCAAGCAGCUGCCACUGUCUCAUUUAGAAAAUUGCGGACCGUUUGCACAGCUUAUGCUUACAUGUCUAAUACUACUACAGCGUCUCUGAAAACACCUUUGGGGGAAGGUUUGGCUUCUCCUCUGGAACAGUCUCUGUGUUUUUCCUCGCCGGAUAGGGAGCUGCUUGAAUGCGAAGACAUGGCACGAUGUGAAUGACUCCAGUGUGAAGAAAUCUGCUUCGCCAACUCAUCCUGCAUCAAGUGCCCGUUGAGUCGCACUGUCACUUUAAUGUCUCCAUGCCAAGGGAUUGCUUUCCUUUUUUUCAAUCCUCUCGAUUAAUACAUGGGAGGAUCAGAAUAAGAGGGGCAUUAAGGAUCAAGCCUGGGGGGCUUGGAGAGCACAGAAGAAAAAAAUGGAAGUGACAGCAAGCUGGCUCCUGUCGUGCUAAGGGGAAGACUCAGCCUGGAUUUCAAAACUGAACAGUGAAGUGGUUUGCAACAGAUACCUGGGUUUUGGCCUCAAUCCAGCUGGAUAAAGGUGAGACCUGAAAAGAGAUCUUGAAUCCUGUAGCAGUGGAAAGACCCAAGCAUGCCAGUCAAGAAGAAAGAUACUGACCGAGCUUUACUAUUACUGGAAGAAUACUGCAAAAAACUGAGGAAACCAGAGGAGCAGCCAUUGAAAAAUGCUGUUAAAAAGGUGAUGGGUAUCUUUAAGAGCAGCUUAUUUCAAGCUUUGCUAGAUAUUCAAGAGUUUUAUGAGAUGACAUUGCUUAAUUCUCAAAAAAGUUGUGAGCAGAAGAUAGAAGAAGCCAAUCGAGUUGCACAGAAAUGGGAAAAGACAUCUCUUCUUGCUACAGGUCAUGACUGUCUUCAAAAAUCUGCAGAGCUUACAGGUUGCAGUAGACCAAAGGAAAAUGUUUCAUGUAUUGAGCAAAAUAAAGAAAAUCAGCGUUUUGAAAAUGAAACUGAUGAAAAGACAAGUCAAAAUCAAGGCAAAUGCCCAGCCCAGAAUUGUUCAGUGGAAGCCCCUGCUUGGAUGCCUGUCCACCACUGUACUAAGUAUCGAUAUCAAGAUGAGGACGCUCCACAUGAUCAUUCCUUACCUCGACUAACCCAUGAAGUAAGAGGCCCAGAACUUGUGCAUGUUUCAGAAAAGAACCUGUCUCAAAUAGAAAAUGUCCACGGAUACGUCCUACAGUCUCACAUUUCUCCUCUGAAGGCCAGUCCUGCUCCUAUCAUUGUCAACACAGAUACUUUGGACACAAUUCCUUAUGUCAAUGGGACAGAAAUUGAAUAUGAAUUUGAAGAAAUUACACUGGAGAGAGGGAAUUCUGGCCUGGGGUUCAGUAUUGCUGGAGGGACAGAUAAUCCCCACAUUGGAGAUGACCCUGGCAUAUUUAUUACGAAGAUUAUUCCAGGAGGUGCUGCAGCAGAGGAUGGCAGACUCAGGGUCAAUGAUUGUAUCUUACGGGUGAAUGAGGUCGAUGUGUCAGAAGUUUCCCACAGUAAAGCUGUGGAAGCCCUCAAAGAAGCGGGGUCUAUUGUUCGGCUGUAUGUGCGCAGAAGACGACCGAUUUUGGAGACUGUUGUGGAAAUCAAACUGUUCAAAGGCCCUAAAGGUUUAGGCUUCAGUAUUGCAGGAGGUGUGGGAAACCAACACAUUCCUGGAGACAACAGCAUUUAUGUAACUAAAAUCAUAGAUGGAGGAGCUGCACAAAAGGAUGGAAGAUUGCAAGUAGGAGACAGACUACUAAUGGUAAAUAACUACAGUUUAGAGGAAGUAACUCAUGAAGAGGCAGUAGCAAUAUUGAAGAACACAUCAGAUGUAGUUUAUCUAAAAGUUGGCAAACCCACCACCAUUUAUAUGACUGAUCCUUAUGGUCCACCGGAUAUUACUCAUUCUUAUUCUCCACCAAUGGAAAACCAUCUACUUUCUGGCAACAAUGGCACUUUAGAAUACAAAACCUCCCUGCCACCCAUCUCUCCAGGAAGGUAUUCACCAAUUCCAAAGCACAUGCUUGUUGAUGACGACUAUACAAGGCCUCCGGAACCUGUUUACAGCACUGUGAACAAACUGUGUGAUAAGCCUGCUUCUCCCAGGCACUAUUCCCCUGUUGAGUGUGACAAAAGCUUCCUCCUCUCAUCUCCCUACCCCCACUACCACCUAGGCCUGCUCCCUGACUCUGAGAUGACCAGUCAUUCUCAACAUAGCACGGCAACCCGUCAGCCUUCAGUGACUCUCCAACGGGCCAUCUCCCUGGAAGGGGAGCCCCGCAAGGUGGUCCUGCACAAAGGCUCCACUGGCCUGGGCUUCAACAUUGUGGGCGGGGAAGAUGGAGAAGGCAUUUUUGUAUCCUUCAUUCUGGCCGGUGGACCAGCAGACCUGAGUGGGGAGCUCCAGAGAGGAGACCAGAUCCUAUCGGUGAAUGGCAUUGACCUCCGUGGAGCAUCCCAUGAACAGGCAGCUGCUGCACUAAAGGGGGCUGGACAGACGGUGACAAUUAUAGCACAAUAUCAACCUGAAGAUUACGCUCGAUUUGAGGCCAAAAUCCAUGACCUACGAGAGCAGAUGAUGAACCACAGCAUGAGCUCCGGGUCUGGGUCCCUACGAACCAAUCAGAAACGCUCCCUCUAUGUCAGAGCCAUGUUUGACUAUGACAAGAACAAGGACAGUGGGCUGCCAAGUCAAGGACUUAGUUUUAAAUAUGGAGAUAUUCUUCAUGUCAUCAACGCCUCUGAUGAUGAGUGGUGGCAAGCCAGGAGAGUCACGUUGGAGGGGGACAGUGAGGAGAUGGGGGUCAUCCCCAGCAAGCGAAGGGUGGAAAGAAAGGAACGUGCCCGAUUGAAGACAGUGAAGUUUAAUGCCAAACCUGGAGUGAUUGAUUCAAAAGGGUCAUUCAAUGACAAGCGUAAAAAGAGCUUCAUCUUUUCACGAAAAUUCCCAUUCUACAAGAACAAGGAGCAGAGUGAGCAGGAAACCAGUGAUCCAGAACGAGGGCAAGAAGACCUCAUUCUUUCCUAUGAGCCUGUCACAAGGCAGGAAAUAACCUAUACCCGACCAGUGAUUAUCCUGGGCCCCAUGAAAGAUCGGAUCAAUGAUGACUUGAUAUCUGAAUUCCCUGAUAAAUUUGGCUCCUGUGUGCCUCAUACUACAAGGCCUAAGCGUGACUAUGAGGUGGAUGGCAGAGAUUAUCACUUUGUCAUUUCCAGAGAACAAAUGGAGAAAGAUAUCCAAGAGCACAAAUUUAUAGAAGCCGGCCAGUACAAUGACAACUUAUACGGGACCAGUGUGCAGUCUGUGAGAUUUGUAGCAGAAAGAGGCAAACACUGUAUACUUGACGUAUCAGGAAAUGCUAUCAAGCGGUUACAAGUUGCCCAGCUCUAUCCCAUUGCCAUCUUCAUUAAGCCCAAGUCUCUGGAACCUCUGAUGGAAAUGAAUAAGCGUCUAACAGAAGAACAAGCCAAGAAAACCUAUGAUCGGGCAAUUAAGCUAGAACAAGAAUUUGGAGAAUAUUUUACAGCUAUUGUCCAAGGAGACACCUUAGAAGAUAUAUAUAACCAGUGCAAGAUUGUUAUUGAAGAGCAGUCUGGGCCUUUCAUCUGGAUUCCAUCUAAGGAAAAGUUAUAAAUUAGCUACUAUGCCUCUGACAACGACAGAAGAGCAUUUAGAAGAACAAAAUAUAUAUAAUAUACUACUUGGAGGCUUUUAUGUUUUUGUUGCAUUUAUGUUUUUGCAGUCAAUGUGAAUUCUUAUGAAUGUACAACACAAACUGUAUGAAGCCAUGAAGGAAACGGAGGGGCCAAAGGGUGGGACAGAAGAGACAUUGCAGUAUGCAGGAAGGCUUUGGUUGGCUCAAAGUGCCAGGUGUAGGGAUGAACCUCUGAUGGGCUUUUUCCCAAGAGAUGGGAGCCUCCUCACCCCAGCAGAUGUCCAGAGCUGAUUUAGCUGCUGAGCUCUCUGUGUUUUUUGCUUUAAAGAAAAUUUGCCAGCACUCGAACCUCACCAACCUUCCCAUUACCCACAUCUGUAAUUGAUACACUUCGAAUUUUAUAACUAUGCACAUCCUUUGAUUUCUUAACAAGGCAAAUGAAAGAAGGAAAAAGAAAGGAAUCCCUUUGAAGAUGGCAUACUAUCAGGGAAGGAUAAGUGUGUAGUUUUUGACUGGCAUCUGCAAAGACAAGCAUUUGAUAAAAUUCACAAGUGUAUGGAGGACUAACCUUAUGAGAGGAGGGGAUUCCACCUGGGAUUAGCCUUUAUAAUCGUUGAUUGUAUAUUUUGCCAUUUAUAAACUGAAAGAAGGCACUAAAGAUGAGAAUAAUUUAUACAAUAAAAAUAUAUUAAAUGUAUAGAAAUGAAUUUCUAUAGGUUAAAAAAGUUUUGUGAACUAUUUUGUAAAGACUAAUUGAAAGACUAAAUGUAUGCACUAUCAGCAGAUGAUCAAAUUCAAGAACUGAAAGUUGCACUCUCCCUUUUGUUGCCAAUGAUCCACUAAGAGCAUCUGAGUUCCUUUCAAGUCUGACAAAGACUUUUUCCUCACUUACCUCCCAUGACCUCCCUUCCCCAUUAGCAAUACACUGUCGUGGAGCACAUCCCAUAAUGAGUUGCCCUCCUGGACUUUUUGGAAGAUAUUUGAUUAAAGACAUUGAUUUUAAGCUGAUGACUUUUCAGAGAAAUACUCAUGCAAAUGUCCUAAAAACAAGUUUUUGCUUUACUCUAGUUAAAUAAUCUGGGCCUGCCAUGCAAAUAGUUGAAUAACAUGGAUCCUAGUUACCUUAUAUACGAUUCUUAAGGACCAUGCAGUAUUUUGGCCAACCAUGAGUAAUUAGGAUUAUAAUUUUUUUACUUUACAGAGUAAGAGUUUUUUUAACAGCCAGGGCCAUACUAGAGCUAUGGGACAAUCUAUCCCAAGAUGCACUAUUUCUUUGAGGAAAAAGAGAAAAGAAGUAUCUGAUUGGGUGUGAGGGGUGCAGAAUUUUUGCUUCUGUCUACAGGGCAGAGAGAUAGAACCACAAGGGAAGACAAUGACUUUGAGCUCAACCAAUUGAACUGCCUUUUGGGGGCUGCACCUGAACCAAGUGUUUUUUUAAUAAUUGUAAUAAUGAUGAUUAAAAAAAAAAAAAAAAAAAGAAACCUCCCAAAGCCUAUAAACUGAAACAGAAGUUAGUUUCCCACUUUAGAGCUGAUGGCAACAUCAGCAUCACUUUUGCCCAAGGUGUUUCAAGAGAGACUUUUCAGUGAUCUCUAUAACCACUCAACUCUGGGUUCUGUGCAUGCCCAGACUAAAGCCCCAUCGCCUUAUUUCUGGGGUACAUCCAGACCUGGCAGGGAUUCUGCCACACUGUGCAGCAAACCAGCAUGUAGGCUGGGGUGGGAGAGCAAGAGAUAGAGCCAUCAGAGUGGUGGGGCUUCUUCACAAUAAGAACAUCCAGAGCUCAGAAUGAGUCUCUUUCCAAAAGCAAGCGUUGCUCAUCUUACACUAGUUACCAUUGUCUGCCUGGCUGCAGUCACCAAAGCAAAUACAAAAAUGCAAAAUUAUGCAUCUUCCUAUAGUCUUGAGGCUGCCUUUGCCAGUGGAAGGGCUACCAAUGCAUUUCCCUCUGAUGAAAGUUAAUUUUCAGAGACUACCUAACACUCUAACUCAAAAUGUUAAAGAUGUGUUCAUGUCUGCAAUUUGCCAGUUUGGGGUCAAGGCCUACCUUCAUCAAUAUUGCUCCCAGAAGUUUUUUGCCACCAGAAUGCCAUUCCUGAUCCCAGCUCUAUUUUUAGGCCACCAUGAUAACUUCUUUGGUUUCUCAAGUGAGCAUGCAACCAUUUAUUUAAAGGACUGUCAUUAAUGAGUAGAUGUUUUCGCGUGUUGUGUGAUGUGCUUUCCAUUUACUAGUGUUGCUGUGGCUGAGUACAAUCAACUUGAUCCAACAACCCUUGGUUUUGUAGUAAUAUAAUUAUUUAUUUUCCUAGUGUAGAUGCUUCCAGAUUAGAAUCAGCAUUUGCACUGAUUUUUUAUGUAGAUUUAUAUAAAUAUAUAUACAUAUAUAUUUGCUUGAAGAAUCACCAAGCAAAUUGGUGAGAAGGUCUUUUCCUAUAGAAUUUCCACCUCCAUCUGUUGUGUUGUCUUGUGCUUCCCAAUGUUGAGGUCUCUAAGGCUCCAGUGAACUCAUGUAUUUUGCAGCAGGUCUGAUGACUUGUAUGGAAAUGGCAUGAAAGUUACCCAGAUUACAUCUGGUGCAAGUGCACUCGGAGCCUGGGACCAGACUGGUGCUAACACUGCAAACUUUGUCCAGAGCUCUCUCCAAUCUGAAGGCUUGUUGGGGGCGCAAUGUCACCUUCACACACUGAGCCCUUUCUGGAAAGUGCCAGAUCGUGUCACUGGUGCUAUUUUUCAUGCUCUGGUACAAUGUGUAGCACCACGGGGGUCUCAGCUUUACCAAAAUCCAAAAUGCUAUUCGUCAGAAAUUGCAGGGGCGUUCUGUUUUUGCUCUCCUCCCAUAGGAUGCGUUGGCCAUUUAUUUGCAGGCCUUUUCUCCCAGCCCCAAAUCCUUGGGUUGGCUGUCUGCUUAGUGAGCCCAUCUAACCGGGAGCCCCACACAGGGCCUCUGUGAACUGUCUCUUCCGCCUGCCCUUCAGGACGCCGAGCCUGGAAGCAACUCCACACUCUGGCUCGUGACUCUUCCUUCCUCAUUCUUUGCCUCUGCUCUCCUCCUCUUUCUAUUUCAAUCUCAUUCCUUCUCUCUUUUUUGUCCCUUUCCUCUUUUCCCUUCCUUACCACCACCUCUGUUGACUUUCUAUGUUCUUUCUCUGUCCAUCCUUCAAUCCUUCCUUCAGUCUCAUUCUCUUUUCCUUCUUACUCCCUUUUCCCUUCUUUUCCCAUCCUUUCUUUUCUGCUCACGUCUCUAUCAUCUCCGGCCCCACACCCCAUUCCUUGAUUUUUCUGUCCUAUAAAGGGCUCGUGGCUGGUUCAGACAGCAAGUCCUCACGCUGGACUAACGACACAAGUUCUUUGGGUGGCCGUUUCACCCAUUCAGCCCAGAGAGCCAAGCUAAGUGUGAGGUCCUGGCCUAGAGCCAGCUCCAGUGUGCUCCUGGAGCCAGCCUGCACCGCUGCCCUGGCAGCGACGAUGCAUGUGCUGUGGGCCCUAGCAGCGCCUGGGUGCCUCUGCCCAAACGCUGCUCCUAAGUGCACCCACUCCCAACACUUUCCCAUGGCUCUGAGGACACUUCAAUAAAGGCAGACUCUGGCCCCAACAAUUACUCUGACAGCAAACCUCUUCCUUCUCAUUGAAGCCAUGCCAUCGCCUUGGUUUGGAGAGAGACAUUUUCCCCCCAUUCAUAAGGUUUCUUUUUCCCAUUUUCAUGUGAAGCCCCCUCUGCUUUUCAAGCUGGUGAUUGCUCUGGUGAGAAUGAAUGGACUUGCUGGUGAAAUGACAUCUCUUCUUUCCUGUCUUGGUCCUGCCUAAAUUCUUAACAAAAUAUUUAAGCCAAGGACUCAGGCUAGCUCCUAAGUUAAUCAUAUUAAUUGGUCACCACCAUGGGGUGGAAAAAAGGAUCAAUUCCCUUAAAGCAUGUGGAAUACCUCUUGUGACAAAUGAUUUGCCAGGGGACUCCCUACAGAAUUCUGUGGCUAUAUAUUUUACUUAUGUGUAUAUAUGAUGUCUAUGGUAUGCAUAUCAUAUAUACACAUAUGCCAUUAGGUAUGAAUUAAUGUGGUUGGAAACCCACACACACUCUCCAGUCUGUAAAUAUCCUUCCUCACUUAAAGCUGUGCUUCAGAAAUCAUUUCUUGUACAGCUGUGCAGUUUCUUGUAGCAGCUAAGGACAAAGCUAAGACAGGCGGACAAUUUAGACAAAGGUCAUCUAAAAGACUUAGUGUCUUCCUAGCAACUCAUAAGGACAGACAACCAGGUGGCAAGGUUGACCCCAAUGGGAUGGCAAGCUUUUCUUCUCUCCUUUUUGAUUUGUGUUUCCUAAGUAUGUCUUAACUUCUGAGUGCACCAGGCUGUACAAUUCUUUCAAUAUGACGAUUUUGUGUUUCUCUGACAGGAUGUUUCUCCAUUGAGCUGUAGUGCAGGAUGGGAAGGAGUGGGGGAAUACUCUUUGCCUGGAGUUUACAGAGACACUGCACAGCUUACACUCCUGUUAAGUGUAAAUAUUCAACGAUUCCAUUCCAUUUGUGUAAAAAAUAAAGCACACACGAUUAUAAAAUCAA